GAGUCUCGCUCUGUCGCCCAGGCUGGAGUGCAGUGGCGCGAUCUCAGCCUCUCCGAGUUGCUGGGACUGCAGGCACCCGCCACCAUGCCCAGCUUUUUUUUUUUUUUUUUUUGAGACGGAGUCUUGCUCUGUCGCCCAGGCUGGAGUGCAGUGGCGCAAUCUCGGCUCACUGCAAGCUCCGCCUCCCGGGAUCACGCCAUUCUCCUGCCUCAGCCUCUCCGAGUAGCUGGGACUACAGGCGCCCGCCACCACGCCCGGCUAAUUUUUUGUAUUUUUAGUAGAGACGGGGUUUCACCGUGGUCUCGAUCUCCUGACCUCGUAAUCUGCCCGCCUCGGCCUCCCAAAGUGCUGGGAUUACAAGCGUGAACCACCGCGCCCGGCCUCCGGCUAAUUUUUUGUAUUUUUUUUUUUUUUUUUUCAGUAGAGACGGGGUUUCACCGUGGUCUCGAUCUCCUGACCUCGUGAUCCGCCCGCCUCGGCCUCUCAAAGUGCUGAGAUUACAAGCGUGAGCCACCGCGCCCGGCCCCCACACCCCAUUUCUUAAAAAAAAAAAAAAAAGCGCCAGAUUUCCACUCUUUCCACAACCAAAACUGGCCCCCUUACUUUGCAGUGAAGGUUGCAUUUUCAAAAUCUUAAUCUCAAUGUCCACCCUAAAAGGUACCCUUUUAAUCUUUGAAUUAUCACUUCCUGCCAGCUCUAGAUCCUAGUAGGUCCAGAUCUAGACCCCUAGUAAAUAUAAUUAGAACUAAAAGCUGCACUUUGAGGCUGGGAGGCCGAGGUAGGAGGAUCGUUUGAGCCCAGGAGUUCGAGACCAGCCUGAGCAACAUAGCAAGAUCCUGUCUCUACAAAAAAAAAAAAAUUAGCCAGACUUGAUGGCAUGUGCCUGUAGUCCCAGCUACUGUGCAGGCUGACGCAGGAGUAAUAUUUAAACCCGAAAAGUCGAGGCGACAGUAAGCCGUGAUCGGACCACUGCACUCCAGCCUGGGCGACAGAGGGAGACCCUGUCUCAAGAAAAUAAAAGGUAAAACAAAUAAAACCUGCACUUCCUGCUACUAUAAAACAAGGCACUGGGAAGGCGCAUCAAUAGGACGACCCUUUUUUUUAUUACUAUUUUUUUUUAGACACCGUCUCCCUUUGCCACCCAGGCUGGAGUGCAGUGGCGCGAUCUCGGCUCACUGCAACGUACACCUUCUGGGUUCAAGUGAUUCUCCCGCCUCAGCCUCUUGAGUAGCUGAGAUUACAGGCGCGCACCACCACAGCUCGGCUAAUGUUUGUAUUUUUAGUGGAGACGGGGUUUCACCAUAUUGGUCAGGCUGGUCUCGAACUCCCGAUCCCAGGUGAUCCGCCCGCCUCGGCCUCCCAAAGUGCUGGGAUUACAGCCAAAAGCCAUCGUGCCCGGCCACGCCGAUCCUUCUAAAUCCAGAGCCCUCCUAACUAUUCGCAAAGUACCCACAUCGCCGGCUCCCCUUCCUCCCCGUUUUAAGCAGUGCGCAUGCUCCUAAAUAACGCUUCCCUCGUGGGGGACGUAGGCGGGGCCAUCGGGUCCUAAGGCAAAAAGUGUGGGCGUGGCUGCUCUCUGUAUCUCGUAGCCCCACCCCAUUCCCAUGAGCCCCGACCCUUUGGGCUGGAACGGGAGGUGUCGCUCUUUGGACCUCAAGGUUCCCCUUAACACGGAGCGCCCCGCAGUCUUCGCGGAAAGCGUUCCGGGUAGGCGAUGGCUGCGACGCGUGCAGGGCCCCGCGCCCGCGAGAUCUUCACCUCGCUGGAGUACGGACCGGUGCCGGAGAGCCACGCAUGCGCACUGGCCUGGCUGGACACCCAGGACCGGUGCUUGGGCCACUAUGUGAAUGGGAAGUGGUUAAAGCCUGAACACAGGAAUUCAGUUCCUUGCCAGGAUCCCAUCACAGGAGAGAACUUGACCAGUUGCCUACAGGCACAGGCUGAGGAUGUGGCUGCAGCUGUGGAGGCAGCCAGGAUGGCAUUUGAGAGCUGGAGUGUGCACCCUGGCAUCGUCCGGGCCCAGCACCUGACCAGGCUGGCCAAGGUGAUCCAGAAGCACCAGCGACUGCUGUGGACCCUGGAGUCCCUGGUGACUGGGCGAGCUGUUCGAGAGGUUCGAGACGGGGACGUCCAGCUGGCCCAGCAGCUGCUCCACUACCAUGCAAUCCAGGCAUCCACCCAGGAGGAGGCACUGGCAGGCUGGGAGCCCAUGGGAGUAAUUGGCCUCAUCCUGCCACCCACAUUCUCCUUCCUUGAGAUGAUGUGGAGGAUUUGCCCUGCCCUGGCUGUGGGCUGCACUGUGGUGGCCCUCGUGCCCCCGGCCUCCCCGACGCCCCUCCUCCUGGCCCAGCUGUCAGGGGAGCUAGGCCCAUUCCCAGGAAUCCUGAAUGUCAUCAGUGGCCCUGCCUCCCUGGUGCCCAUCCUGGCCUCCCAGCCUGGAAUCCAGAAGGUGGCCUUCUGCGGAGCCCUGGAGGAAGGGCGUGCCCUUCGACGGAGCCUGGCGGGCGAGUGUGCGGAGCUGGGCCUGGCGCUGGGGACGGAGUCGCUGCUGCUGCUGACAGACACAGCGGACCUAGACUCGGCCGUGGAGGGUAUUGUGGACGCCGCCUGGUCCGACCGCGGCCCGGGUGGCCUCAGGCUUCUCAUCCAGGAGUCUGUGUGGGAUGAAGCCAUGAGACGGCUGCAGGAGCGGAUGGGGCGGCUUCGGAGUGGCCGAGGGCUGGAUGGGGCCGUGGACAUGGGGGCCCGGGGGGCUGCUGCAUGUGACCUGGUCCAGCACUUUGUGCGUGAGGCCCAGAGCCAGGGUGCACAGGUGUUUCAGGCUGGCGAUGUGCCUUCAGAACGCCCAUUCUAUCCCCCUACCUUGGUCUCCAACCUGCCCCCAGCCUCCCCAUGUGCCCAGGCGGAGGUGCCGUGGCCUGUGGUCGUGGCCUCCCCCUUCCGCACAGCCAAGGAGGCACUGGCGAUGGCCAACGGGACGCCCCGCGGGGGCAGCGCCAGUGUGUGGAGCGAGAGGCUGGGGCAGGCUCUGGAGCUGGGCUACGGGCUCCGGGUGGGCACUGUCUGGAUCAACGCCCACGGCCUCAGAGACCCUUCGGUGCCCACAGGCGGCUGCAAGGAGAGUGGGUGUUCCUGGCACGGGGGCCCGGACGGGCUGUAUGAGUAUCUGCGGCCCUCAGGGACCCCUGCCCGGCUGUCCUGCCUCUCCAAGAACCUGAACUAUGACACCUUUGGCCUCGCUGUUCCCUCAACCCUGCCGGCUGGGCCUGAAAUAGGGCCCAGCCCAGCACCCCCCUAUGGGCUCUUCGUUGGGGGCCGUUUCCAGGCUCCUGGGGCCCGAAGCUCCAGGCCCAUCCAGGAUUCAUCUGGCAACCUCCAUGGCUACGUGGCUGAGGGUGGAGCCAAGGACAUCCGAGGUGCUGUGGAGGCUGCUCACCAGGCUUUCCCUGGCUGGGCAGGCCAGUCCCCAGGAGCCCGGGCAGCCCUGCUGUGGGCCCUGGCGGCUGCACUGGAGCGCCGGAAGUCUACCCUGGCCUCGAGGCUGGAGAGGCAGGGAGUGGAGCUCAAGGCUGCGGAGGCGGAGGUGGAGCUGAGUGCAAGGCGACUUCGGGCAUGGGGGGCCCGGGCGCAGGCCCAAGGCCACACCCUGCAGGUAGCAGGGCUGAGAGGCCCUGUGCUGCGCCUACGGGAGCCGCUGGGUGUGCUGGCUGUGGUGUGUCCGGAUGGGUGGCCCCUGCUUGCCUUCGUGUCCCUGCUGGCUCCCGCCCUGGCCUACGGCAACACGGUGGUCGCGGUGCCCAGCAUGGCCUGUCCUCUGCUGGCCCUGGAGGUCUGCCAGGACAUGGCCACCCUGUUCCCAGCAGGCCUGGCCAACGUGGUGACAGGAGACCGGGACCAUCUGACCCGCUGCCUGGCCUUGCACCAGGAUGUCCAGGCCAUGUGGUAUUUCGGAUCGGCCCAGGGUUCCCAGUUUGUGGAGUGGGCCUCGGCAGGAAACCUCAAACCGGUGUGGGUGAGCAGGGGCUGCCCGCGGGCCUGGGACCAGGAGGCCGAGGGGGCAGGCCCGGAGCUGGGGCUGCGAGCGGCGCAGACCAAGACCCUGUGGCUGCCUAUGGGGGACUGAUGCCUGAGCGCCACCUGCUGCAUUUUGGACACCUCAGACCAAGGGGAGAUGCACCCCACGGACACCUGGGACUUUCCCCUUCUGGUUCCCGUGUCUUCCAGUAAACUCUCUGACCAACCCUAGCUGUGCUUCUGCGAGAAGAAAGGGUGUAGCAACUUCUGGCAGAUAUGAGGCUUUUUUUUUUUUUUUUUUUGAGACAACGUCUGGCUCUGUCACCCAGGCUGCAGCGCAGUGGCACAAUCUCGGCCCACUCCAGCCUCGACCUCCGGGACUCAAGGGAUCCUCAUACCUCAGCCUCACAUGUAGCUGGGGCCACAGACACGCACCACCACGCCUGGCUCGAGGCCAUUUUAGUUCCGAGGUUGAGCAGCUCAGGAGCUGGCUCCAGCACAAUGCUGUGUGUUUGUGGAACAAAGAAAGGGGACCCCGAGGACCCCAGACGGCCUCAGGACUCUCAUACCUUCUCGUCUUCUCCAUCUGGUGGCUCUUGCUGUCUGGUUUUCUCUGCCUUUUCAUGGCCCCAGAAUCCAUAUGCAGUAAAGGAACUCUCUGGAAUAAAAUUAAAGUCCUCCUA